AUGAGGAAGCGGUUUGCGUUGGAUGUGGAGGACGGGAAGACGGUGGAGCAGCUGCAGCAGAUGAUCAAAGUUGAGCUUUUGAUGGUGGGAAGGAAGGUGUUGGUAGUGGGGGGAGUGGAGAUGGAGGAUGCGCAGAGGACGUUGAGGGACUACGGCGUUGUAGAGGGGACGGAGGUGGUCGUGUUGCUUAUGAUAAAGGUGAACGUGCGGGGGUACAAGAAAACGGAGAAGAUAAUAGAUGUGGAGGUGAAUAUGACUGAUAAUGUGAGCGAGUUGAGGAAGAAGUUAAAAAGGCUGAAGGAUUUGCACCAAUUGGCGUGGCUGGAUGUUGGCUUUGUCUUUAUACAUAAGCAGCAGGCGAUGGAUGAGGGAAGGCCGUUUCUAUGGCAUGAGGUUAAUUAA